AUGAAGCGCCCUGCCGACAUGGAUUCCAUCCCCUCCCCAGUCGACGCUCCCUCCCCCGAUUCGCACGAGUCCGAUUCGCCUGCGGGUCCCCCUCGCAAGCGCGCCCGCUCUGAAGUCACCUCCGAAGAGCGCAGAGAGGCUCGUGCUCACCGCAACCGCAUCGCCGCCCAGAACUCCCGCGAUCGCCGCAAGGCGCAAUUCGGGUAUCUUGAGCGUCGCGUCGCGGAGCUCGAGGAGGAAAACAGGCAGUUGCGCGCAGGUCAAGGUCUUCCCCACCCUUCACGUCAAUACGAACAGCAGAACAGCGAGCGCGAGAAGGACAGGGCUAAGGAGAAGGAGAAUGAGGAGCUCCGCCAACGGGUCAAGACCCUCGAGACCGGCUGGGAGGCCGUCAUGAAGGCGCUAGCCGCCUCUGGCCUUCCCCUUGCCGUCCCCGGAGCUCCUUUGUCGGCACCCUCAUCCUCGCCGAUGUCUCUUUCCUCCAACCCCUCAGCGCUAGAUACGUCAAGUCAACCCCUCACGACCACAUUCCCCGUGCUCGUGUCCCCCUCCCCCGUCUUCCCCAUCUCGCCCGCACCAUCAAACUCCUCUUCCGGUUCCAGUACUCUCUUUGAUUCUGACGACUUCGAUUCCACUCGCCACCUAGCACGGGUGGCGAUCGCCGAUGCCCCUCCGGGUGGAUCUGAAUGCUCGUCGAAUCGCCUCCAGCUGGUCCUCAACAUCCCCCCUUCCUCAUAUCCGCCGGUCAUCAACCUCAGCGAAGGCGCGGUCGACGAGGUCGCGAUGGACGACCUCUUCCGUGAAAUUCUCGCGCCUUCCCCCGUAUCGCCUCAGGCUCCUCUGCCUGAUGGCGCCGCGCCGUCCCAACCCCAACUCCAGUCAACCUCCGAGAUCAAGCUUGCGCCGCCCCCCGCGGCGUCAGUGACACAAGCCCCCGCGCUGCCGGAGAUCAACUGGGAGAAUGAGGUGGAGAUGCAGAGACUGUUGGCCAUGCUCCCCAUGGUUCAGCAAGACGCAGGAUCCCUGGAUGCGAGCGCAGGCGCUUCGCACGACGACUUUCCGUCGGCUCUGGACUUGGAGCUGGCCGGGUGGGACUUCUCGGCUGCCUCGGCAGUCGUUGGCCCCACGUCGUCUGUGAGUGUGUUCUGA